CAGCGGGAGGGCCGCGCCGCUCGCCUCUUAGCCCGGACCGCCGCCGCCCUCCUUUCCCCACCCGGCCGCCGCCAUGGCGGAGACCGAGGAGCGGAGCCUGGACGACUUCUUCGCCAAGCGGGACAAGAAGAAGCGGAAGGAGAAGAGCAGCCGAAACGCCGCCGCCGCUGCCGCCUCUAGCGCUUCCAACGCCGGCUCCAACGCGGCGGGCGCGGCCGCGGGGACUCCGCGACCGACUGAGGGCGGCGGCUCCGGGGCCGCCGCCGCCUCCAGCGCCGCCGGCGGUUCCUCGGCCAAGGCGGCGAGCAAGGAAGAGGAUGAUUGGAAGGAGUUUGAACAAAAGGAAGAAAUUGAUUAUAGCGGUCUUAGAGUUCAGUCCAUGCAAAUAAGUGAAAAAGAAGAUGAUGAAAGUGAAAAAAGAGAAGAACCUGGUGACAGUUGGGAAGAGACUGGUAGUGGUGGUAGUGUAGACAGAUCAUCUGGUCCUUGGAACAAGUCGGCUCCUGCACCAGCCCCUGUCGUUGAACCAAUUGUUACAGAAGCCCCAGAACCGGUGCAGAGCGGCGGCGUGUACCGGCCGCCGGGGGCCAGGGAAGGCGGGCGGCCGCGCAGAGCUCAGCAGGGACCCCCAGAGAUCUACAGCGACACGCAGUUCCCCUCGCUGCAGUCCACCGCCAAGCUCGUAGACAGUCGAAACCUAACAUCUUAUUCGCUUUCUUGACUGCAACUACACAGUGAGCAGAUGUCUUCAUCAAGCUGCCCAUGGUGAUGCCUAGAUCGUCCCCUUGAAAGAUCACAACUAACUCAGACUCAUGUCACAACUUCUACCAGAGCAUGUAUGAGUGGCUUAAAACCUUUCCAGUAUUUAUUGCCUUGGUUUUUCCUGUUGACAACUCACCUGCCCCUGAUUUGCCAAAUUUACAGAGUCAUUUAGAAUAUCCUAGCAAUCACCAUCAAUCCAGUAACUUCCAUGGGGAGUGGCUUUUGCCAUUUGAUAUACUGAAGUCUUCAGUUUCAUGUAUAUAAUCCACUCUUCUGGUCAGUGAGUAGCAUGGCAAGCUCUUACUAAUUUUUGCUCAAUCUGAUGUUUUGUAUUCCUUUCCAUGUCUCCUCUCUUCUGUACAGAAUUUCCAUUCUAGCUCAGUUAUAGCAAUGAGGUCAUCACAUUACAUCUGUCUGCUUUAUUUCAAGUAAUUGCCUACGGAAAACUGUUAAAGUAUUGUCAUAAGCCUCCUUUUUCAAUUAAAACAAACCACUUAUUUUGCAUAUCUUUCAGAGUAUAUACAACCAUAGCAAAGGGAUUCAAACCAUAAAAACUGGUUGCUACAAUAGAACAUAUUUAUUAAGAAAAAGGCAAAAUAUGUGUAUGGUCUCCCAGUGCUUAACUUCACUGGUUUUAACAGAGUUAUUUCUGUCACACAAGGUCAGUUUCAUUAACAUUUGAUUUGAGAUCAAAGAAUUGGGGUCAUUUGACAUCUAGGUGUGACAGCCAGAAUCAAGUGCCAGUGAACAAGCCCUGUAGAAACUUGUUUUAAAUUUUUGGGUAAUUCUCCUCUUUGUGCCAGAGAUGAAGCAGAUGCAUUACUAUUACUUAGUCUCUGACCAGCAACCACAUGAGCUCAGCCAUGCUCGAUCUAAUAUACCUGGAGUAGUAUUUAACUGGAUAUUGAAACUGCAUUACAGUAUUGGAGAUGAAGCAACACUGGAGGGCAGGCUUAGUCUUUGUGGUUUGCUUCUUCUCCUCAUUCUCAUCAUCUUGUGCUUUAAAGAGCAUGGAGUUGUAAAUGAUGUUGUCUUUAAGCACUGACUGAAUUUCCCAGUCAUGUUAUGCUUACAGAUACAAAGGAUGUGUCAUAAGGGCAGACUCAAGCCUGGUAGGAUGUACAGCCUGGCCCUUGAGAGCUGCAUUACCUCAAUUAUCAGAGUACCACAUCCUAGAGAGCAGCUGCCUUUCAGUACUAAUGCUGAUACUGGGUUGAGAACAAUGUACCUUGGAUUUUGCAUCCAAAGAUCUGUAUCUGUUAAGCGUUCUAUUACAGCAGUAUUCUGUCAAAAAACAGUCGUGGCUCCUGGGAGUUGGUUAAGUUGGCCAAGGGGAGUUGGGAGUUUUUUACUUUUUGAGGAUGUGGGUGGGAAAACAGAGCCAAUGAGUCCAAGAGUUGUUAGAAGGUAACACUUGAUAGGUUCCCCCAUGCCUCUGGAAGCCUCACCUCUGCUGUACUCACCAAAGCCCUGUCUUGCCACUGUAGCUCUGUACUGUUACUAACAGCCCAGUAACCUUCAGCACUGACAAGUUCUUUGACCGUGCACUGUGUCUCUACUCUGGGAAUUGGGAAAAAGGCAAAGUGGCUUUGGAAACUGGUAUGACAGUAUUUUCUAGGUAAUGGGCUCUGCUCAUUGUUUUUCCUGGAACUCAAACACAGCAAAAAUCUCUUGGUUUGACCUCUCUUUGCCCUAGAGUAUUCCCUCCUUCUUCUGUUCAUCUACAUUAUUACCAUGCCAAGGAUUCCUUAGUCAGGUGCCUGAAUUAUUCACCACUUAUUUAGAAAGCAGCAGGCAAGAACUCCUGAGUCUUGAUCAUGCUGCAUGGUUUUUGUCAGGGCUGUAAUAUCAUAAGCAUUGCAAAACUGCCUAGCAAGUAAAUGCAGUCUCCUUGAAGAACUGAAACCUAGAGAGCCUCAAAGGCUAUGCAGGAGCUGAAUUCCCACGGAGUACAACAAAAGGGAGGCAGUAGCACUGUUCACAGUACAACACACCUCAGCUAUGGAAAGGAGUAGGGUUGCAUGACUGGUAAUGCUCUAGCUUAAACAAAACUGUCUUACCUGGACAGCAGGAUCUAGCCUAAAGAAUUUUAAUUUCUUUUUUAAUUAAGAGUUUAUUGAGGGAAGAAUUGUAAGAUGAGCUCUCUGUAAAUCAAAAGGAAAAAAAGCAACCUGAAUUUGUUUUCAACAAUGUACCAGAAUGCAUCAGUACCAGACUUUAAUGUGAAUAAAUUAAUUGUGGGCUCAGUGUAGUGCAAAAGAAAAAGAAUUAUACUGUCUGGGAGCCUAUGGAGCACAUCAGAAACUGUUUCAGCAGAGUUCAAGAUGAUCUGUUUCUGAGAAUCCCUGUGUGGCCCCCACAGUUAACACAGGAACCUAAUGGUGCCUGUAUAUUUAUAUAAUUGUGUUAAUAGUCAUAACUUAAGUUCAAUACCUGAACUAUAUAUAUUUUUGUCAGUAGAUUUUUUUUUUACCCUGGUUACCUAUCAUGGCUUCUGCAUAUGACAACUUCUAACUGUGCAGUGCACACACCUGUUGUCCUUUUGUCCCAUGGUAGAGUAAUGGUAUUCAAACUCUGUAAAGCACUUUCAUGAUGUUUCCUGUGAAGAAAGCUGAAGAAAAUAAAUUUAUCUUAACAGCACCAACUGAA